UUUUUCGUCUUGCUGAAAUUUUUGCUUCCUUGCUUUAAUUAUAGUAAAGUUUGCCGGAAUCGAUAAAUUGAACCUAGUUUAUUUCAAGAAAUAUCUUUAAACAAAAGCAAACUUGAAAAUUCAAUUUUGGCAACCUGUCGGUUUGCAUCAAUUGGUAUCAGAGCAAGUUUUUUUUCGUGGGAGCGUUUGUUUUGAUCUAAACAACUUUUUCUUAGUAUUCAACUUUGGGCUAGAUAUUUCAAAAAAAAAAAAAGAGCAUCACUUUUUGAUCAACUUGUAAGCAUUUGGUAAUGGCAGACAAUCGUGAAAAUCCUCGUGAUUGGAGAGAAGCAUAUGAGAAACAACAACAUUUCAUGAAAAGCAUGCAAAAUCAAAUGAAUAACAUUCAACAACUAUUGGAAAGAUUAACUAUGCAACAACAAAAUGCAGUUGGAGAAGAUUCGGAAAGUGACCCUGAUUUUGACAAUCGUACUUUACCUGCUAGAAGAAAUCCUUUUUUUCAAACUCAAGGAAAUAUACUCGAUGGGAUCAGGGGAUUAAAGUGGACGUGAGUGAGUUCGAGGGUAAAUUACAACUUGAAGAUUUUGUGGAUUGGCUAGACAAAAUAGAACAAUUUUUUGAAUGGAAAGAAUUACCUGAUGACAAACAAGUUAAAUUUGUCUUCCUUAAAUUGAAAGGACAUGCCUUAGUGUGGUGAAAACAAGUUCAAAACGAUAGGGUUAGAAAAGGUAAAGAAAAGAUUACCUCGUGGGAAAGAAUGAAAGAAAAACUUAAAAGGAAAAUUCUUACUGAUUAAUUAUCGUCAAACUAUUUUUCAAAAAUUACACAAUCUUAAACAAGGGUCUAAAUCGGUACAAGAAUAUACUGAAGAAUUUUACACCCUUCAAGCUCGUAAUGAACUUAAAGAGGACGAAGAACAGCUAAUAGCUUGCUAUCCAGCCGGUCUUGGAACUCAAAUCCAAGAUGAGUUAGCCCUUUUAACUUUCUAUAUGGUCGACAUGGCUUACAGUCAUGCACUUAAGGCUGAGAAUAAAUUUAAAAGACAAACCUUUCGUCAGGGAAGUGCAAGCGUAAAGAACACCAUAGGAACUAAGCCUAUCCCAAAGAACGAUAGUCAAACCUCUUCAAGACUUGUUCAAGACCUUAAGGGCAAAGAAAUUUUAGGUGCAAAACCCGUUGAAUCUGGCAUCAUUUGUUAUAAAUGUAACAAACCUGGACAUAAAUCCUCUGAUUGCCCUCUGAGAAAAUUUGAUUCUAGAGCCAAUCUAAUAGAAAGUCAUGAAGAGAAUGAAAAUGGGGAAGAAACUUUAGAACAAGAAGAUGUUGAUGAGAUUUCCGAAGAAUCUCCUGAUGCUACUGAAACAAAUCUCAUGAUCCAUCGAGUCCUAUCAGCCUCUAAGUCCACCCAAGAUGAUUGGAAGCGUCGUAGCCUUUUCAGAACCAUUUGUAGCGCGGGAGGCAAGUUUUGCUCUCUGGUCAUUGAUAGUGGAAGUACUGAAAACUUUGUCUCUAGAGAAAUGGUUGAUAAGCUUAAACUGAAAACUGAAAAACUUGCUCAAACUUACAAAAUAGCUUGGUUUAAGGAUGGGGAUGAAUUUCCUGUAACUGAAAGAUGUCUUGUUGAAUUUUCUAUUGGGAAAACUUAUGCUGAUAAAGUUUGGUGUGAUGUUGUUCCCAUGGAUGUGAGUCACCUAUUGUUAGGUAGACCUUGGCAAUUUGAUCGUAGCACUAUACAUGAUGGUAGGGAGAACACUUACAUUGUCACAAAGGACAACAAGAAAGUUAGAUUGGUUCCCCUAAAUUACUUUCCCAAACCAAAGUCUAAGCCAAUUGAGUCCCAAAAGCAACCCUCCAAUAAUGAGCAGAAAAUGAUGGUUUUGAACAAAAGCCAAUUCUCUAAAGAUCUAGCAAAGUCUCCAGUGGUAUAUAUUCUUUUGGCAAAAGAAAUAUCGAAGAACACUGAAGUUCCUCAAGUUGUUCAACCAUUGCUUAAUGAAUUUUCUGAUAUCAUGCCUGAGGAACUCCCCGAUGGCCUUCCACCUAUGAGAGACAUCCAACACUGCAUUGAUUUUGUACCCGGUGCUAGUCUUCCACACCUAGCCCAUUACAGGAUGAGUCCCGCUGAGCAUGAAGAGUUAUAUAGGCAGGUUUUUGAACUUCUGCAAAAAGGUUACAUUAGAGAAAGUAUGAGCCCUGUCGCGGUGCCUGCCCUCCUUACACCAAAAAAGGAUGGAACAUGGCGAAUGUGUGUUGACAGUCGUGCAGUUAACAAAAUUACCAUCAAGUAUAGGUUUCCCAUUCCUAGGAUUGAUGAUAUGCUUGACAUGUUAGGAGGUGCGAAGAUAUUCUCUAAGAUUGACCUUAAGAGCGGAUAUCAUCAAAUCCGUAUUCGACCUGGAGAUGAAUGGAAAACGGCGUUUAAAACUAAAGAAGGAUUAUACGAGUGGUUGGUUAUGCCGUUUGGGCUAUCCAAUGCCCCUAGUACUUUCAUGCGCUCUAUGAACCAAGUCUUGCGACCAUUCAUUGGAAAAUUUGUCGUAGUUUACUUCGACGACAUUCUGAUUUAUAGCACGAGUCCUGAAACUCAUAUGGAUCAUUUAAGACAAGUGCUUCAAACUUUAAGAGAUAACAGCUUACAUCUGAAUCUUAAGAAGUGUACAUUUCUGACCGAUAGCCUUACCUUCUUAGGCUAUGUGGUGUCCACCGAGGGAAUUAAGGUAGAUCCUGUUAAGAUAGAAGCAAUUCAGAAUUGGCCAACCCCAAAGACUAUAACUGAAAUCCGAAGUUUCCACGGACUUGCGUCGUUUUAUCGGCGUUUCAUUCGAAAUUUCAGUUCAUUAAUUGCGCCAAUAACUGAUUGCCUAAAAGGGGGUAAAUUUACUUGGACAUCUGAAGCUGAAAAAAGUUUUCAAUUGGUUAAGGACAAACUUACAAAGGCUCCAGUACUUGCCUUGCCCGACUUCGAAAAGGUGUUUGAGAUUGAUUGUGAUGCCUCACAUAUCGGAAUUGGAGGCGUACUGUCUCAAGAGAAACGUCCUAUAGCCUUCUUUAGUGAAAAAUUGAACGAUGCACGAGCACGUUACUCCACUUAUGAUCUUGAAUUUUACGCGAUCGUGCAGGCUUUGAAACAUUGGCGACCCUACUUGAUUCAUCGAGAGUUUAUUCUUAAUUCGGAUCAUGAAGCAUUGCGAUAUUUAAAUUCUCAAAAAAACUUGAACAAAAGGCAUGCCAAGUGGUCUGCAUUCCUGCAAGAAUACACUUUUCACUUGCGGCAUAAACAAGGCAUUGCUAAUCGAGUCGCUGAUGCACUCAGUCGUCGAAACCAUUUGCUUAUCACUUCUUCCUUACAGAUAGUAGGAUUUGAGAUAGUUAAGGACCAAUAUCAAAAUGACCCUAAUUUCGGUCCUAUCCUAAAAAAGUGCCUAUCUCCUGACAAUGAUUCACCUUCUGAUUAUUGUUUGGACGGCGGGUAUCUUUUUAGAAAGUCCAAGUUGUGCAUUCCCCAGGGAUCGUUAAGAGAGUCCUUGAUUCAGAACUUGCAUAGUAGCGGGCUAGGGGGACAUUUCGGGAGAGACAAAACUUUGGGAUUAGUUCAAGAGAGGUAUUAUUGGCCUAACAUGAGUAAGGACGUUGAAAGGUUUGUUCAGCGGUGUAAGACUUGUCAAUCAUUUAAAGGACAAACUCAAAAUACUAGCUUGUAUACUCCCCUGCCCAUUCCCACUGUGCCCUGGGAGGAUAUUAGCAUGGACUUUGUCCUAGGCCUACCCAAGAUUGCACGCCAAGUUGAUUCAGUUUUUGUGGUUGUUGAUCGUUUUACGAAAAUGGCUCAUUUUAUUCCUUGCAAGAAAACUUCUGAUGCAUCACAUAUUGCAAAAUUAUUUUUCAAUGAAAUUGUACGUUUACAUGGCAUUCCUAAAUCAAUUACCUCUGAUCGAGAUACAAAAUUUGUUAGUCAUUUUUGGAGAACUUUAAUGUCAAAGGCAGGAAGCAAACUGAAUUUCAGCAGCCCAUACCAUCGACAAACUGACGGGCAGACGGAAAUAGUAAAUCGAUCUUUGAGUAAUCUCUUAAGAUGUUUAGCUGGAGAAAAACCAACACAAUGGGAUUUAAUUUUACCUCAAGCUGAAUUUGCUUAUAAUAGUUCCAUAACCGAACCAUUGGAAAAUCUCUUUUUGAAGCUUUAUAUGGCCGUCCUAUAGCCCACUUUCUUGACCGAGCACCAAUACCUUACCCUAGUAGAGUUAGUGCAGAUGCCCACUAUUACCUAGAACAUAUUCAAAAGGUGCAACAACAAGUUCAUCAGAGGUUGCGGGAUUUCACUGUCAAGUACAAGGAGUCAGCAGAUAAACAUUGACGAGGUAUGACUUUUAAUGAAGGAGAUAAUGUCUUAAUCUAUUUUAGAAAAGAAAGGUUCUCAGCUAGAGGCUAUAGCAAGUUGAAGAGGAAUAAGUACGGGCCAUUCAAAAUUCUGAAAAAUUAGGGGAAAAUGCUUAUCUAAUUGAUCUACCUCCGGAAGUAUCGACGUCCCCGAUCUUCAAUGUCAGUGAGCUAUACGAGUACCAUAGAGAGGCCCCCUCUACUGUCGAUAUUGAUGGCUUGACAUCUCGCUCCGACAUUGAAACUCCAUCAGAUGGCGUGGAGGAUAUUCUGAAUGUGCGCGAGUC